GGCUUUCUCGGCCCAAGGGCCUCUCGCGAGAUAUGCGGGGCGUGAGAGCACGCCUGCGCGCGAGGUGGCGCCUGGCGUCCGGCUGCUGGGGCGGAGGAAGCGGCCAUCAUGUUGCGGGGGCUUCAUCUGCGGGUCCCGCGCCUCGGGCGGCGAGCGGUGUCGCUGCUUCACCGGUUUCAGAGUACGCUGGUAGUAGCUGAACACACAAAUGAGACUCUCACGCCUAUUACGCUGAAUGCUAUAACUGCAGCAAACCGUCUCGGAGGCGAAGUAUCAUGUUUAGUAGCUGGCACCAGUUGUGAAAAGGUGGCUCAAUUGCUCACCAAAGUACAAGGGGUUGCCAAAGUUCUCCUUGUCCAGCAUGAUGCAUUCAAAGGACUUCUGCCUGAGGAGCUGACACCAUUGAUCUUGGCAACUCAGAAGCAGUUUAGUUACACACACAUCUGUGCUGGAGCAUCUGCCUUCGGAAAGAGUCUUCUCCCCAGAGUGGCAGCUAAGCUGGAUGUUGCUCCUGUUUCAGACAUCAUUGAAAUUAAGUCACCUGACACUUUUGUGCGGACGAUCUAUGCAGGGAAUGCCCUGUGCACUGUGAAGUGUGACGAGAAAGUCAAGGUGUUCUCUGUGCGCGGGACUUCCUUUGAGGCAGCAGCUCUAAGUGGUGGCAGUGCUAGUUUAGAAAAAGUAUCGGCUCCUUCAGUAGUUGGACAGUCUGAAUGGAUCGAACAGAAGCUAACGAAAAGCGACCGGCCAGAACUGACGAGUGCAAAAGUAGUUGUAUCGGGUGGGCGAGGCUUGAAGAGUGGAGAAAACUUCAAACUGUUGUAUGACCUUGCUGAUCAGUUGCAUGCGGCAGUUGGUGCUUCGCGUGCGGCUGUUGAUGCAGGCUUCGUACCCAACGAUAUGCAGGUUGGACAGACGGGUAAAAUUGUAGCACCGGAACUGUAUAUUGCUGUUGGAAUAUCUGGAGCAAUCCAACAUCUAGCUGGAAUGAAAGACAGCAAGACAAUAGUAGCUAUCAACAAGGAUCCAGAAGCGCCAAUAUUCCAAGUUGCAGACUAUGGUUUGGUGGCAGACUUGUUCAAGGUUGUUCCUGAGUUGACAGCAGCCUUGAAGAAAUGAAAACAUCCAAAUGCUUGGACUGAUAUGAACGUGAAUUCAGCUUUGAGAGAAUGUUGACUGAUUUUUAUCAAACUAAAAAUAAUUAUUGCCAAAAUUUGGUGUUAGAUGGCCUUUGAAUGUGCUGGAAUAUACCUCUUUUUGCCUUUCCAGUUUCCAUGUGGCCACAAUAUAUCUUGAAUACUUUUCUAAUUCUGUAAUAAAAGUAGCACCAGACCUGA